AUGGACACAAAAUCGGAUGACAUUGAACUAAGCGCGCAGGGAACAAGCAACAAAGCCAGCGACGUGGCUAUCAAGUCGGGUAAAUCCGAUCUGCCAGAGCGGGGAUCAUGGGCCAGCAAACUCGACUUCAUUCUGUCCGUGGUCGGCCUGGCCAUUGGUUUGGGCAACGUGUGGAGGUUCCCCUACCUCUGCUACAAGAAUGGUGGCGGCGCUUUCCUCAUCCCCUACUUCUUGACUCUCUUCUUGGCUGGUAUUCCGAUGUUCUUCAUGGAGCUGGCGAUGGGCCAGAUGCUUACCAUCGGUGGAUUGGGCGUGUUCAAAAUUGCACCAAUUUUUAAAGGUAUUGGGUACGCGGCAGCUGUGAUGUCAUGUUGGAUGAACGUUUACUAUAUCGUUAUCCUGGCUUGGGCUAUUUUCUACUUCUUCAUGUCGAUGCGAUCAGAUUUACCAUGGCGCAACUGUGAUAACUACUGGAACACUGCCACCUGCGUCAACCCCUACGACCGUAAGAACCUCACGUGUUGGUCGUCACCCAUCGACAUGAGCACCUACUGCACCCUCAACGGCAAGAAUGUCAGCAAAGCCCUCCUCUCCGAUCCCGUGAAGGAGUUCUGGGAGCGACGAGCACUACAGAUCUCCAGCGGGAUCGAGAACAUCGGCAACAUCCGCUGGGAGCUGGCCGGCACCUUGCUGCUUGUGUGGGUGCUGUGCUACUUCUGCAUCUGGAAGGGCGUGCGGUGGACCGGAAAGGUCGUCUACUUCACGGCGCUGUUCCCGUAUUUCUUGCUUACUGUGCUGUUAAUCAGAGGUAUAACUCUCCCUGGUGCGAUGGAAGGCAUCAAGUUCUACGUGAUGCCGAACAUGUCCAAGCUCAUGGAGUCCGAGGUGUGGAUCGACGCCGUCACCCAGAUCUUUUUCUCAUAUGGGCUGGGCUUAGGCACCCUGGUGGCUCUUGGAAGCUAUAACAAAUUCACUAAUAAUGUUUACAAAGAUGCCUUGAUAGUGUGUACAGUCAACUCUAGUACUUCAAUGUUUGCUGGCUUCGUAAUAUUCUCGGUAGUAGGUUUCAUGGCUCACGAACAACAGAGACCAGUAGCGGAGGUGGCCGCUUCAGGUCCUGGCUUAGCUUUCUUGGCGUAUCCGUCAGCGGUUCUACAACUACCCGGCGCUUCGCUCUGGUCCUGCCUGUUCUUCUUCAUGCUGCUGCUCAUCGGCCUCGACAGCCAGUUCUGUACCAUGGAGGGCUUCAUCACAGCCGUCAUCGACGAGUGGCCUAAACUCCUUAGGAGGAGAAAGGAGAUUUUCAUAGCUAUCACUUGCGUCAUAUCGUAUCUGGUCGGGCUAUCGUGUAUAUCUGAGGGCGGUAUGUACGUCUUCCAAAUCCUGGACUCGUACGCGGUGUCCGGCUUCUGUCUGCUGUUCCUAAUCUUCUUCGAGUGCGUGUCGAUCUCGUGGGCGUUCGGCGUCAACCGCUUCUACGACGGCAUCAAGGAGAUGAUCGGCUACUACCCCACCAUCUGGUGGAAGUUCUGCUGGGUCGGGUUCACGCCGGCUAUUUGUAUUAGCGUGUUCAUAUUCAACCUGGUGCAGUGGACGCCCAUCAAGUACAUGAACUACGAGUACCCGUGGUGGGCGCACGCCUUCGGCUGGUUCACGGCCAUCUCCUCCAUGCUCUGCAUCCCCGGAUACAUGGUGUAUCUGUGGCGCGUCACGCCCGGGACCAGGCAGGAGAAAUUCAACAAAAUUGUUCGUAUCCCAGAAGAUGUACCGACACUCCGAACCAAAAUGCAAGCUGAGGAGUUAGCGAAGCACAACAAAGCUUAA